GUGUUUGAUAGAUGACGUCCAAGGGAAAGGAGGGUUUUUUUUCCUUCUUUUUUUUAUUCUUUUUUAUCCUCCAAUUUGGCAGUAAUAUUUUAGUUUAAUUUUUCCCCUCGUUCUCCUCGCUCUUCAAAAUGCAACUCUCGAAAGAAAAUAGUAAACCAAACUUUCCCUUCCACUUUCUUUCUCCACCCUCCAUCCAAACUAUAAAUAUUUCUAAGUUCCAUUUUUCUUCAUUUUAGCCAAAAUCUCCAUCUGGGUUCUGAUAAUUUCAAAAAAAAAAAAAAAAAAAAAAACCCCAAAAAAAAAAAAAAAAAAAAAAAAAAAAAAAAACCCCAAGAAAACAAAAACUCCUACUGAGAAUUUGAGCGAUGGGUGACGAGAACAAGGCGCCGUUGUUGGAAAAAGUUUACUUUGAGAACUGCCCAGGUUGCAGGAUUGAUAAGAAGAAGGAUGAGAGCACUGGGUUACCCUACAAAGAGUUCUUCUUUAUGUGGAUCAUCACUCUUGUAAAUGGUUUACCAAUAUCAUCAUUGUUUCCCUUUUUGUACUUCAUGAUAAGGGACUUACACAUUGCCAAGCGAGUGGAAGAUAUCGGGUUUUAUGCAGGUUUUGUUGGUGCUGCUUUCAUGUUUGGGAGAGCUUUAACUUCUGCAUUCUGGGGAAUAGUAGCAGAUAGAUGGGGAAGGAAACCUGUGAUGAUAAUUGGCAUCACUUCAAUGAUUAUAUUUAACACCCUCUUUGGAUUAAGCGUAAAUUAUUGGAUGGCAAUUGCUACAAGAUUUCUUCUUGGAGCCUUGAAUGGUAUAUUUGGCCCAAUAAAGGCGUAUGCUUCAGAAGUUUGUCGACCAGAGCAUCAAUCUAUCGCACUGUCACUGGUCAGUACAGCAUGGGGCAUAGGUCUCAUUAUUGGUCCAGCUGUUGGAGGUUUGCUUGCACAGCCUGCAGAGAAAUUUCCCGGUGUUGUUUCUGAAGAUUCCUUUCUCGGAAGGUUUCCUUACUUCUUGCCGUGUUUCUGUAUAUCCUUUGUUGCUGUCGGAGUUCUUAUUGUCUGUUAUUGGCUUCCAGAAACAUUGCACAAUCAUCCUGAGAGCAAAACAACAGAUGGUACAAGCGAAUCUGUGGAGGCAUCUCCUCAUCCCUCUGAUGUGAGAGAUAAGGAUGUCGAAAUUGAAGGAGGGGUUCAGCCUAGUAAAGAAAAUCUACUUACAAGUUGGCCAUUAAUGUCAUCUAUCAUUGUAUAUAGUGUUUUUUCGCUUCAUGAUAUGGCCUACACCGAGAUAUUCUCGCUAUGGGCUGAGAGCGACAGAAAAUUUGGAGGGUUAAGUUUUUCAUCCGAGGAUGUUGGCAUGGUUCUAGCAAUCUCAGGUGUCGGUCUUAUAGUAUUUCAAUUGUUUCUCUAUCCACCAGCAGAAAGACUCCUCGGGCCCAUAAAUUUAUCUCGUAUUGCUGCGGCUAUAGCUAUACCAUUACUUGCCAGUUAUCCCUUUAUGACUAAGCUAUCAGGACUGGCACUUUCAGUAGUGGUGAAUUCUGCAUCCUUGUUAAAGAAUGCUCUCUCUAUGAUUAUCAUUACGGGAACAUUCAUUUUGCAAAACAAUGCAGUGCCUCAACACCAAAGAGGAGCUGCAAAUGGAAUUUCAAUGACUGGGAUGUCUAUUUGCAAAGCUAUUGCUCCAGCAGCUGCUGGUGUAAUAUUCUCAUGGGCACAAAAGCGCCAAGAUUCCACAUUCUUACCAGGUGAUCAAAUGGUUUUCUUCAUAUUGAUCCUGAUAGAGUUCAUUGGCCUCAUCAUGACCUUCAAACCCUUUCUAGCAACCAAUGUUUGACGUGUUGAGGGAUAUAUUAGAUUAGGAAUAAUAUAUUAGGAAUAUAUGAUUGAGAGAUAUUCGGGAUGUGAUUUAAUAAGAUUUUAUAUCAUACCUAUUUUGUAAUAUCCUCCUAGCUGUUCGCGGGAAAAAUCGUUGCUUUCUUCAUUGAUUCCAUUGCUAUCUUGAAUAACAA